UUUAUGAAUGGAGAUUUCGUGAUUGGAGGGAUUUUCUCCAUUCAUUACUACACCAGAUUAGAGCAGAGCAAUUUUACCUUUCAGCCACCACAGCUGCAGUGCUCUGGAAGCAUGGAUUUCAGAGAAAUGCGCUUCGCCCGCGCCUUGCAGUUCAGCAUCCAUGAGAUCAAUAACAGGACAGAUCUUCUUCCAGGCGUCAAUUUAGGAUACCUGAUACAUGAUUCAUGCUCCUCUGUGCCCAUGUCAAUAAAAGUUGCGUUUCAGUUUGCAAACGGUGUAGAAUCAGCGUUUAAUGAUACAGAUAUUUGUUCCAAAUCUGCAGGUGUGUCUGCAAUCGUGGGAGAGUCUGCGUCCACGCCGUCUAUAAGCAUGGCAAGGACUCUGGGGCUUUUUGGAAUUCCGCAGGUGAGUCACUAUGCGACCUGUGCAUGUCUGAGUAAUAAGCAUCAGUAUCCUGCAUUCUUUAGGACCAUUCCUAGUGACCAACAUCAAGCAGCCGCACUGGCACGGUUGGUCAAGCAUUUUGGUUGGACAUGGAUUGGAGCAGUGCGCAGCGACUCGGAUUAUGGCAAUUACGGAAUGGCAUCAUUCCUAAAGGCUGCGCAGGCGGAGGGGAUCUGCGUGGAAUACUCCGAGUCCUACUACAGGACGCAGCCGCGCAGUAAACUAGAGCGAGUCGCAAACGUGAUCCGCAGCUCCACAGCUCGAGUUAUAGUGGCGUUUAUUGCGUCUGGAGACAUGAGGUUUCUCUUGGAGGAACUGGCACGAAAUCCGCCGCCUCCACUUCAGUGGAUCGGAAGCGAAACGUGGAUCAUUGAGCCAGAGUUGUUGCGCUUUAACAUGUGCGCUGGUGCAAUAGGAUUCGGGAUUCCCCGGUCAGUUAUUCCUGGCUUUCGUGAGUUUCUCCUAAACCUGACUCCAGAUGAAGCUCUGAAAUCGCCUAUGCUAACAGAGUUUUGGGAAAGCUCGUUCACUUGCAGGCUGAAGGGCCGAGAAGGUGUCAGUCAUGGUGUAAGAGAGUGUGACGGAACCGAGGACAUUGGCACGCUCCAUAACGCAUACACAGACACGUCUCAGUUACGCGUGACUAAUAUGGUGUACAAAGCAACCUAUGCCAUAGCAUAUGCCAUCCACGGAUUAAUUUGCAAUGACAACCAAUGCGACAAGACCAUUCAAUUUUCCCCAUGGCAGAUACGGAACCAGCUCAAAACACUGAACUUCACUACCAGAAAUGGCUAUCAGGUCUCUUUUGAUUCUAAUGGAGACCCUCCAGGCGAUUAUGAGCUCAUAAACUGGCAGUUUGACAAGGAUGGCGCUUUGGUUUUAAUAACAGUGGGCCAAUAUGAUUCAUCUAAACCAAGAGGACAGGAGUUCAGAAUGAGCAGAAAUAUCAGUUGGGUUGGAGAACAGACAAAGGUACCAGAGUCUGUGUGCAGCAAGAGCUGUCCCCCAGGUACUAGGAAAGCCAUGCAGAAGGGAAGGCCUGUCUGCUGCUAUGACUGUAUUCCAUGUGCUGAAGGAGAAAUAAGUAACAAAACAGACUCAUUGGAUUGUUUGCGCUGCCCUCCGGAGUUUUGGCCCAACACCCAGCAAGACAGCUGCCUCCCAAAGCCUGUUGAGUUUCUCUCCUGGAAUGAAACUUUGGGCAUCAUCCUAACAGUGUUCUCCAUUGCUGGGGCCUUCAUGGCUGUUUGUGUAGCUGUAGUCUUUUACAAGCACAGGGCGUCUCCUAUAGUCAGGGCGAACAACUCUGAACUGAGCUUUCUGCUGCUUUUCUCUCUGACACUGUGUUUCCUCUGUUCACUUACUUUCAUUGGGCAGCCUUCGGAUUGGUCCUGUAUGCUGCGCCACACAGCGUUUGGGAUCACUUUUGUGCUUUGCAUUUCUUGUGUUCUGGGAAAAACAUUAGUUGUGUUGAUGGCUUUCAGGGCUACACUUCCAGGUAGCAAUGUCAUGAAAUGGUUUGGUCCUCCACAACAGAGACUCAGUGUACUGGCAUUCACUCUAAUACAGGUUCUUAUUUGUGUGCUUUGGUUAACAAUAUCCCCUCCUUUCCCUUUUAAAAACAUAAAACAGUACAAGGAAAGAAUUAUCUUGGAAUGUGGUUUAGGUUCCACUAUAGGUUUCUGGGCUGUGCUGGGUUAUAUAGGACUCCUGGCGCUUUUAUGUUUUAUUUUGGCUUUUCUGGCACGGAAGCUUCCUGACAAUUUCAAUGAAGCCAAAUUCAUCACAUUCAGCAUGCUCAUAUUCUGUGCAGUUUGGAUCACCUUUAUUCCAGCUUAUGUCAGCUCUCCUGGAAAAUUCACUGUAGCUGUGGAGAUCUUUGCAAUAUUAGCUUCAAGCUUUGGUUUGAUUAUUUGUAUUUUUGCUCCCAAAUGCUUUAUAAUUGUAUUCAGACCAGACCAGAAUACGAAAAAGCACCUUAUGGGUAAAGUGCCCUCUAAGGCACUUUGA